UUACAGCAACGAUCGCUCCUCUUAUUACAGAAAAAAAAACGCUCGUCUUCUUCUUCUAUCACUUCAAAGACAGGGAUCCCGACAAGAAUCCGGUGAUCGAAACUCUCAAAAAGGAGUAAAUCGUAAAAGAUGCAUUCUUUUGGAUACAGAGCAAACGCUCUGCUCACGUUCUCCCUCACUGCCCUCGCGUUCAUCUGCGCAAUCGCCUCUUUCUCAGACAAUUUCAGCAACCAAAAUCCCUCUGCUGAGAUCCAGAUAGUUAACAUCAAUCGGUUUAAGAAGCAAUCCUAUGGAAACGAUGAGGUCAGUUUGACAUUGGACAUAACCGCAGACUUGCAGUCACUUUUUACUUGGAACACUAAACAGGUUUUCGCUUUCGUGGCAGCAGAAUAUGAAACCCCAAAGAACUCCCUGAAUCAGGUUUCUCUAUGGGAUGCGAUUAUCCCUGAUAAAGAACACGCCAAGUUCCGGGUUCAAACCUCAAACAAGUACCGUUUCAUUGAUCAGGGACAUAACCUUCGUGGAAAAGAGUUCAACUUGACGUUACACUGGCAUGUCAUGCCUAAGACCGGCAAGAUGUUUGCUGACAAGAUUGUCAUGCCUGGUUACAGUUUGCCAGAUGCAUACAAAUAAAUGAUGAAGAUUGAAGAUUACUUCUAAGAGUUUUUUUUUUUGUAUUUCGUUUUUUUCUUUUCAUGGAAAAGAUUCAGUCUUUUUCUUUGAUUCUGUGAACUAGAAAAGUAAUCUCAAAGGUACUAUUGAUCUC